UAGCUGUCCAGCUAAACAUUUUAUCAUGGAAAGAUGACCCCCUGGUUUAAAUUUCAAUCUUUCUUGAAAAAGAUAGAGGCUUGUUAUUAUUAUUUUUUUGCCUAUUGGUUUUUGCCUAUUGGGCAUCAACUUGGCCAGGCUCAGCCCUGCCUGAAAUGGACCUGUUCCUGGAUAUCUCCCGGUUUGUUUUUUUUGAAUACAGUAUGUGGCUCAGCCCUGCCUGAAAUGGACCUGUUCCUGGAUAUCUCCCGGUUUGUUUUUUUUGAAUACAGUAUGUUUUUUUUUUUUUUUUUUUUAAAUAGUCUGGGACUUUCAUUAUGAAGCCACGACGCUGCAUUUACCGUAAUGCACAUAAUGCAGACUAUGAAAUAAAUGAGGGGCGGCUAGCAAGACUUGAUGUUUUCAAAUGGAGGCUGGUCUGACCGCAGUGUUCUAUUUCAGUGGGGAACAAGACAAUUUGGAACAUACAGCAGGUUCCGUAUGGAGGCACGUACGCGGCAGUACAGCGAGUAAGCGGUUAAUAAGAAAGGCUGAAGCAUGGUCUCCGUCUUCAUCACAUGCCCGGGGAUUCCUUUUUACCUUCGUUUAUGUUGCUUUAUAAGCCUUUGGGAAGCUCAUAAAGCAAAGGAGGUGAAAUGUAACCGACUGCCUCUCGGUCCUGUUAGUGGUUCUUUUGGACUCCAAGGCAACACAGACCGAUCUGGAGUGGAUCUCCUAUCCUCCCAAUGGGUGGGAAGAGAUCAGCGGCUUGGAUGAGAGCUACACACCCAUUCGUACAUACCAGGUUUGCAAAGUCAUGGAGCCCAAUCAGAAUAACUGGCUUCGGACUAACUGGAUUGCAAAGGCCAACGCCCAUAGAAUUUUUGUAGAAGUGAAGUUUACUUUGAGGGAUUGCAACAGUUUACCUGGUAAGGUGGGCACUUGCAAAGAGACGUUCAACUUGUAUUACCAGGAAACAGAUUCAGAGAUAGGUAGAAGUGUGCAAGAGAAUCAAUAUGUUAAAAUUGACACGAUUGCAGCAGAUGAAAGCUUUACUCAGGGCGAUUUAGGUGAAAGGAAGAUGAAGCUCAACACUGAAGUGCGAAUAAUUGGCCCCCUGGACAAACAGGGCUUUUACCUGGCCUUUCAAGAUGUCGGGGCAUGUAUUGCUCUGGUCUCUGUCAAAGUUUAUUACAAGAAGUGCCGGUCCGUCAUCGAGAACCUGGCCAUCUUCCCGGACACCGUGACGGGAUCGGAGUUCUCAUCCCUGGUUGAGGUGGAGGGAAUAUGUGUAAAUGACGCAGAGGAGGAAAUCAACAAUCCUCCCAAGAUGCACUGCAGCGCUGAAGGGGAAUGGCUGGUACCCAUUGGGAAAUGCUUGUGCAAAGCAGGAUUUCAUCAGAAAGGAGACGCAUGUGAACCAUGUGGUCACGGUUACUACAAGAUUUCCUCCCAGGACCUGCAGUGCUCUCGCUGCCCAACACACAGUUUUAUUGACCGUGAGGGCUCCUGGCACUGUGACUGUGACGACGGCUACUACCGAGCUUUGUCUGACCCACCCUCUGUGGCCUGCACAAGACCUCCUUCUGCACCUCAGAAUCUCAUCUACAACAUCAACCAGACAACCCUCAGCCUUGAGUGGAGUCCGCCUGCUGACGACGGUGGCCGCAGCGAUGUCACUUACAGGGUUCGGUGCCGGCUCUGUAGCUGGGAAGCUGAAGAGUGUAAAUCCUGUGGCCCAAAUGUCAGAUACUUACCUUCACAGUCACAACUACUGGAAACAUAUGUGAAUAUUGUUGACCUCCUGGCUCACGUGAACUACACUUUUGAGGUGGAGGCAGUCAAUGGCGUAUCUGAUCUUAGUCGUACGCAAAGGCUGUUUGCUACAGUUAACAUCGCCACUGGACAGGCUGCUCCACCAGAGGUCAGUGAGGUCAUCAAGGAAAAAGUGCAGGAACGCAGCAUCCAGCUUUCAUGGCAGGAGCCAAAACAACCCAAUGGGGUCAUCACAGAAUAUGAAAUCAAAUACUAUAAAAAAGAUCAGAAGGACCAAACCUAUUCUACAGUAAAGGCCAAAUCUACAACUGCAACUGUGAACAAUUUGAAGCCAAGUACAGCCUAUGUUUUCCAGAUAAGAGCCUUCACACAGGCAGGAUAUGGAAUUUUUGGCCCCAGAAUAGAGAUAACGACAAAGGAAGACUCAACUGCUACAAUUGUCUCCAGCGAGCAGAACCCUGUCAUCAUCAUAGCAGUGGUAGCAGUGGCAGGAACCAUAAUCCUGGUGUUCAUGGUGUUUGGCUUUAUCAUCGGGAGAAGGCACUGCGGGUACAGUAAAGCGGAUCAAGAAGGAGACGAGGACCUUUACUUUCAGUUUAAAUUUCCAGGAACCAAAACAUAUAUUCACCCUAAAAACAAUCAGGACCCGAACAGAGCUGUUCAUCAAUUUGCCAAGGAGCUGGAUGCAUCAUACAUUCAGAUUGAACAAGUUAUUGGAGCAGGACAGUUCGGAGAGGUGUGCUGUGGGAGGCUAAAAGUACCUGGAAAGGGGGAUGCUUCAGUCGCUAUCAAAACAUUAAAAGUCGAUCACACGGAGAAGCAGCAGUGGGACUUUCUGUGUGAGGCCAGCAUCAUGGGACAGUUCAACCAUCCAAAUGUUGUGCAUCUAGAGGGAAUAGUGACAAGAGGAAAACCAGUAAUGAUUGUUACAGAGUUGAUGGAGAAUGGCUCAUUAGAUGCUUUUCUAAGAAUACGUGUCGGUCAGUUCACAGUUAUUCAAUUGGUUGGAAUGCUGCGGGGCAUAGCAGCAGGAAUGAGAUACCUUGCUGAUCUAAGAUAUGUUCAUCGAGAUCUGGCUGCUCACAACAUCCUAGUCAACAGCAAUCUUGUAUGUAAAGUGUCUGCCUUUGGCCAGUCCAGGAUAAUAAAUGACGAUCCUGUCUAUUCAACAACCGCUGGAAAAAUAUCAAUACGAUGGACUGCUCCAGAAGCCAUCCAGUUCCGUAAAUUCACAUCUGCAAGUGAUGUUUGGAGUUAUGGCAUUGUCAUGUGGGAGGUCAUGUCCUUUGGAGAAAGGCCAUACUGGGACAUGUCUAAUCAAGAUGUCAUGAAAGCUCUAGAGGAGAGCUUCCGUCUUCCAGCUCCUAUGGACUGUGCUCCAGGUCUGCAUCAGCUUAUGUUGGAUUGUUGGAAAAAAGACAGAGGAGAACGGCCCAAAUUUGAUCAGAUCGUCAGCAAUCUUGACAAGAUGAUUCGGAACCCCGAUACACUAAAAACCACAGCCGGAACCUGUGCAAGACCCAUUAAACAACUUUUAUAUCAGAGUAUACCCAACAUCAGAGCUUUCCACACAGUUGAUGAGUGGCUGAUAGCCAUCAAGAUGGAGCGAUAUAGAGACAAACUCGCUGCAGCAGGAUACAGUUCCCUGGAAUCCGUUGCCAGAAUGUCGACCGAGGAUGUCAUGAGGUUGGGUAUUACACUGGAGGACCAUCAGAAAAUGAUCAUGAGCAGCAUUCAGACAAUGAGAUCCCACAUGUUGAAUCUUCACAAAACAGGAGUUCAGGUCUGAUAAGAGCAAAUUAAGAACUUCUAUGAAAUGAAUAUCUGAUUUCGGACUCAUGCAGUUGUGAGUAAAAGAAAUAAAAUCAUGAUAUCGUGGGCACCAAGGAGAGGAAAAAUAGGGGAAAAUUACAACAAUGGCAAACUCUAUUUUUUCACACACAUAUCUCAAAUAUAUUAGAAUAAUAUUUUUAACAUAACGAACUAGUCACCUGAACCUUUCUGCAAUGUAUUUUUUUCAAAGAAGUAAAAGUACAUUGUCUUUUUUUUCAGAUUUUUUUCCUAAAUUCCAUUUUGCAUACAGUUCUUAUGUCCUUCUUCUUAGAUUUAGAAACAGGGUAUAAACAGACUGAAACCUACCAAAGGUGGAUUUUCUAUUAACAUAUCUUGUACAGUGGAUUGUAAAUUGUUUAGCAUUAAAACACGUUUCAUUGGAAUCAUUCAAAACACUGAUUUAGUCCAACGUGGAACAUGGAGUCUUAAACAAAGUAUCAUUACUAAUCAAAGUCAUCACAAAGUGUUAAUUGAACCUAGAACCCAAUUGCACUCGCCCCAAUAUCUUCUUUUGGCAUAAUUUUCCUUAAAUGUUGCACAGUUCCAUUUAAAUAUUUCAGUUGAAGAUUGAGAAAGGUGGCCUUAUUGGUGCCCUGGGAAAGGUGGACAGUGGACUCUCAUGAUACGUGCGCAACCCAUUCCACGACCAAGCUGGUAACAUGAAUGUGGUCCUCUCUUGAAUGCAUUUUCUCUACAAGAAAUAAUUGACUUCCAGUUAAUGCAUACAACACCUACCAUGACACCUAGAUCCUUCCAUCCAUCCAUCCAUCCAUCCACCAUCCAUCCAUCCAUCCAUCCAUCCAUCCAUCCAUCCAUCCAUCCAUCCAUCCAUCCAUCCAUCCAUCCAUCCAUCCAUCCAUCCAUCCAUCCAUCCAUCCAUCCAUCCAUCCAUCCAUCUUCAAGCACUUCAACUGGGGGAUCCUGAGGUGCUCCCAAGCCAGUGUAGAGAUAUAAUCCCUCCACCUCGUCCUGGGCCUGUCUCGAGGUCUCCUCCUAGCUGGAUGUUUUAGGAACACGUCCCGAGGGUGCCGUUCUGGUGGCACCUGCACCAGAUGCCCGAACAACCUCAACUAACUCCUUUCUACACGAAGGAACAGUGAGUCGACUCUAAGCCUCUCGCGAAUAGCACUUUCUCACUCUGUCUCUACGGGAGACGCUAUCUAUCCACCUAAGAAAAUCCAUUUCAUCUGCUUGUACUCGCCCGAUGGCCUCGUUCUUCAGUCAGGCGGCUUCCCUCACCACUGGGGGUCCACCACGGUGUUCGGGGUUACUGCCCUUGAGGCACCUUAGACCUUAAGACCACAUAGCUCCCAGCUGCAGCUUCAGCAAGGAAGCUUUGAACAAAGACCACUCACGUUCAAUGUCCUCAGCCGCCACAGGGAUGUGACAAGCUCCUUCAGAGGUGGGAGUUGAAGGUCGCGCGGACAGUCUUCCUCCAGACAUUCCCAGUUCACCCGCACAACUCGUUUGGGCUUACCAGGUUUGUCCAGAGGCUUCCCCCACCAACGAACCCAACUCACCACCCUCUGGUGAUCGGUUGACAGCUCUGCCUCUCUUUUCACCUGAGUGUCCAAAACACACGAAUCUAAGGUCAGAUGAUACGAUCACAAAAGUGAUCAUUGACCUUUGACCUAGGGUGCUCUGGUACCAAGUACCACAUGAGCAUCCUUUGUUUGAACAUGAUGUUAGUCAUUCACAAUCAAUAACUAGCACAGAAGUCCAACAAUAUAACACCACUCGGGUUUAGAUCAGGGAGGCCGUUCAUCCCAACCACGCUCCUCCAGGUAUCUGUCACUGCGUGUGCAUUGAAGUCACGCAGGAGGACAAUGGAGUCCCCUACACGCGUCCAGUCAAGGAUCCCAUUCUAGGUCUCCAAAAAGGCUGAAUACUCUGAACUGCUAUUCGGUGCAUAUGCACAAACAACAGUCAGAGUCCUCCCCCUCCACCGCACAACCUUGAGGCUUAGGAAGGCGACCCUCUUCUCAAAGAGAACUCCCACGCAGCGGCGCUCAGCCGGGGACUUGUGAGUAUCCCACACCCGCCCAGCGCCUCAUGCCUGAGGCAACUCCAGAGAAGAUCAAAGUCCAAACCCUGUCCAGGAGUUUGGUUCCAGAGCCCGGGCUAUGUGUGGAGGUAAGCCCGACCAGGUCUUUUCCGUAGCACUCCACCUCCAGCAUGAGCCCUGGCUCCUUCCCUGUCAGUGAAGUGACGCUCCACGUCCUCAAAGACAACUUCUGCUGCCUGGGUCUGGUCUGCGAGACCCCCCUCACUUCACUGCCACCCAAAUGGCAACGCACCCGACCCCAUCGGUCUGCCCAGCAGGUGGUGGGCCCACAGAGGUGGGGAAAAGCUACGUUGCUUCUUCAGGCCUGGCUCCAGACGUGGGAACAAGGCUUCCUCCAGGCUGGGACUCACGUUUCCUCCCUCUAUUUGUCAUGGUGUUUGGUGAACCAUGCUUUGUCUGGCCUUCACCUGAGACCUGUAUACCUUGGGUGACCCCACCAUGAGCACAAGACAAUAUAGCUCUCAGGAUCAUCAGGGCUCACAAACCAUUCCACCGCGAUAGGGUGAUGAUUCCUCAGAGAAAUUGACGCCUAGAUGUUAUCCCUAAAUAAUAAUUCAAGGCAUUAUUUUUAAGGCGAAAUCAUUUUGAAAAGCAAUUAAAAGUAUUAAAAAAUGGUAUUUAUAUACAAGCACUUACCAUGAUGGCUGAAGUCUUCUAGCGAGCCAGCCAAGUGGGAGAACAAGUGAACAGACAGCCAUACAUACACCGUAACGUUAAAGGAAACAACAUAACCUUAACAAAAGCUUGGUCUAAGUAAACUGGGGGACAUAGUUAAUAUUCACUUGUAAGCACAAAUGAUUCGGAUGCCCUUUGAUAAAAAAAUUAGACAACGAGGAAUAGCGGCAGGUGGGGAGAUGGGAGACUCUUCGGGUGUCAAAGCGAAGAGAGAGCUCGCAUGCCAACUGGCGGGAUGCCGAGGCAAUCGGACACGCCACACGAGUGAGAGGCUUUUCUGGAUUUUGCUCGCAUUGUAAAAAUUUGAACGCAUAGAGAGACUUGGUUUCUCUUCUGACAAUGCACGUAUCGUGAAAAACUCGUAAGUAGGGUUGUUCCGAUCAUGUUUUUUUGCUCCCGAUCCGAUUCCGAUCGUUUUAGUUUGAGUAUCUGCCGAUCCCGAUAUUUCCCAAUCCGAUUACUUUUUUUUGCUCCCGAUUCAAUUCCAAUCAUUCCCGAUAAUUUUUCCCGAUCUUAUACAUUUUGGCAAUGCAUUAAGAAAAAAAUGAAUAAAACUCGGACGAAUAUAUACAUUCAACAUACAGUACAUAAGUACUGUAUUUGUUUAUUAUGAAAAUAAAUCCUCAAGAUUUACAUUAUUAACAUUCUUUCUGUGAGAGGGAUCGACGGAUUGAAAGACUUGUAAUUCUUAAAGGACAGAUGUGACUUUGUAUAUUGUGACUAAAUAUUGCCAUCUAGUGGAUUUUUAUGAGCUUUCAGUAAAUGAUAAUUCAGGCAUUUAACUUCUGCCCAAAUGCAUGAUGGGAAGUGCACACAUGACUGUGCGUAGUGCUACCAGUUGAGAUAUCUUCUCUGCGUUGGGAAAUAACAUAGGGUGUUAAUUAAAAGAUCAAUUAUUACCUUGCUUCCCCACAUUGCCUCCCACGAUAUUUCUAAUCGUAGGGAAAGGGAUUGUAGGGCUGUAGCCAAUUAAUAAAGGCUUCAAAGGCUGCCAAAGUUCACUCUACUCAUUUGACGCUGCCUAUUAGCUCUCUUUAUAGAUAAAAGGGCGCCAUUACAGAUUGAGCGCGACAAUGCGUGAGUGGGUCAUGCAACGCAUGCAUUAAUUGCGUUAAAUAUUUUAACGUGACACAUUUUUAAAAAAACUCAUUACUGCCAUUAUCGGGAUAAACUUGAUAACCCUACCUUAAGCCUAAACUAAAGACUCUGGAUGAGUGUAACAUAUUAUGUCUGUAACGUUAAAUACAAUUACAAAACGAUUUAAUUAAAAAAUAUAUAUUAAAAAAAGGCAUGUCCGAUAUUUUUUUUGCCGAUUCCGAUACUUUGAAAAUGACGUGAUUGGAGCCGAUCGGGACAUCUCUACUCGUAAGGUGAAUUGCUCGUAUCAUGAGGGUCCACUGUUGUUUUUCUUUGCUGAACGUGCAAUGCAACAACAGUUUGAAGCUACAAAUGCUUGUGUGCAAAGAACUACUGUAGAUAAAGCAAUAAUGACAAAGUUUAUAAAUGAUCUUCACUUGAGAUUUCUUAAGUGCCAGUUGUGUGUGCUGAGAGUAGAAAUCCCUUUUGUAAAAAUGCAUUCAGUCUCUGGAGGUUUAUAUUUGUAUCCACCAAACAUGCUGCCUGAUAAUCAAUAGUGUUGUAUUAUCAAAAUUGCUUGACUAGGAACUGAGCUGCAGACAUGGAUUUGGAUGUUUAACAUCUACAGCGUUAUUUAUUUACAGCUGGAAAUAAUGUUUUAAUUGCAUUUGAUUCACUCCUUGUGAUUUUAUAUGAACUAGAGGCUCAUAAUUGCUCUAAAACCGCUUUUCAACUUGCUACUACCAGCUCAAACCUUGAAAACAUUUCCAGUAGAGUGUUUACAAUGUGUUGCCGAAGCACUAUGGUGAAAUCUGUUUCUGCACUGAUUUUUUGUAUCUUUUCAAAGAAACGUGAAUUCACAUUUUUACUGCUUUAUGUAAAGCACCAAAAGUAAAAAUAAAUCAAUCAAUGAUUAGGUCACAGGCAGCUCCGUUUUCUUCUGACGUGGUACUUCAUCUGCUUCAAAUGGAGUAUUUUAAAAAUCAGGGAAAUUAAUCAAAUACUUGGAGCUAUGUGCCUAAUUUAAUGGAUUGUCUUGAGUAUGUUGUUAAUUGGAUCCAUGUUUUUAACUAGACAGGGGAGGGGGGUCUAUCCAUUAUCUGAACUGCUACUUUUCGAAUCUUUCAGUGGGAGGCAGUUUAACUCUGAACUGGCCCACAGGACAGGAAAAUAACUUAAAUUUUAUUUAUGUAAAGCACUUUAAAACAGAAGAUGUGGGCACAAAGUGAUGUACAUGAUCUGCAAGGAUUAAAAAGAAAUACUAAAAUAAAAUACAUAGAACAAACGAUAAAAGAACAAACCAUGAAAUAUUAAAAAUCAUGUCCCAUACAGGGUUAAAAGCCAGGGUAUAGACUUCAUAAUGAUCUUCACGGGGCGCGGGGCCAAUUAAUCGGGGGCCUGCAUUGUUGGCGUGGCCAUCAAAGAUGACCGACUGGAAUCACUGCUUUUUUCGUUGAAAAUUCUUGUGAAUAAAUGCUUAAAUCCCUGAAUUCUUUAUAGAUAUGGACGUAAAACUGUCUCAAUUCUCGGUUAAAAGCAAAAACAAAACAAAACAAAAAUAUAACAUGCACUUAGCAUUUAUUUUACGAAAAUAUGUCGAAGUACCAUGCUAGUCUGUCAAUGCGGCCGCCGCCAUAUGUAAACGGAGCUUUUCUGGUGAAAAUUAUUGUAAAUAAAUGCUUAAAUCCCUGAAUUCUUUAUAAAUAUGGACGUAAAACAGUCUCGAUUCAUGGUUCGAAGCACAAAAAAAAAAGUGCAGUUAGCAUUUAUUUUACGGAAAUAUAUCGAAGUACGAUGGUAGUCUGUUAGUCAAUGUGGCGACCGCCUUAUGUAAACAGAGCUUUUACAGAGCAGGUAGCAUUUAUUUUACGUAAAUAUUGCAAAGUAUAAUGCCAAUGCUGUAGCGGCUAAUUUCUCCCAUUGAUUUUUUUCACGUUACAAAAUGCAUGCUUGGUACGAGAAAUAUAAUAAUUGCCUUGAAUCCUCGAACAAAUCACUCCUGAGACAAUCCUUCCUGUUUGUAUGCUGUACAGCUUUCGUACUUUUUUAACAUUAAUCCGGCGUUUGAUCGCUGCAUGUGUCGCUGCCACCGACCGUGAAUUACUGAAUCGGAUUUUUGGAUGGCCCCCUAAUUGAAGGCGUGGCGCACUGAAGGUCGAAUCUGAUCCGUCAAUGUCAUUAUGAAGUCUAUGCCCAGCGAGUCAAAGUGAGAUUUAAACUGGACAUUGAUGGGGCCUGUCUAAUGUGCUAAGGCAAUUCGUGACGGUGUCCAGAACCAGCAACGGAGAAAGCUCUGUCGCUUCUGAGCUUUCGCUUUGUCCCCGUUACUUUCAGGAGGAGUAGAUCAGCUGACCUUAGAGACUUGGCAAGAGGUCAGCGAGGUAGAGCGGACGCUAAAAUGUGCUCGUCGUUUGUACAUUCAAAAGUCAUGCAGCAGCUUUCUGCACUAACUGGAGAUGCUUAAUGGAGGAUUGGGUUGCACAACUUUAAUUAAAGAUUCUGGACACUGGUACUGACAAUUUUGAAGAUGAUCUUUUUUUUUUUUUUAUAUCUUCUGUUAAAAUUCAGGAUUUUUAGAUAGGAUAUAGGUUAUUUACAAGAAAAAAUAUUAACAAAAAUUUGAGGAAAAAAUACUAGUCCGCGUGAAUUACAAUGUUUAAAUAAUACUUAGCAGGAAAACAACUUAUAUUAUUUGGAUUUGGUGAUUGACAUUGAAAUAAGUGUCAUAAACACAUGGAUUAUUUCAAAGAAUGCAGCAUUGUCAGCACUGUAUGUUCUAAUUGUAAAUCUUGUACAUGUUGGGGUUUUUUGGGGUUUGUUUUACAAAUACCCAGUAGAGAGCUCUGAAUACAUUAAAAGUGCACAAUAUAUGUAUAUUUUCCUGAUUUUUCCUGUCCCUAGCAACAUUUUAGUUAUACAUUUACACUUUUUCUUUUAGGACCUAAGUUGAGUGAUAGGAUUUCAUUUUUACUAAUGAUAUACUUUGUGCUGUAUUCAUCUUUGCCUUUUAAAUGUGAACAGUCAUUCAAGUGAGUAUUGAGUAUUUAUUUUUCAGGAUUUCUCAUCAGCAAGCAUGUCAAGUACAUUGAAUAGAUUUAUUCUUUUUAGACAAACUUCCUCUGACUAGAACUUGAUUUUUUUUUUCAAUUGAUUGUACAUAUAUAUUUGAAAAUAUAAUUCAACCUCAUAAUGUUGUGGGUCUGUUUCAUGAGUCAUGUAUUUUAUCAUUUUAAUGCUUGAAAAAUAACUGCAUUGUCACUGCUAUUGAUAUAUCGAGUUGCAUGUACUAGACCACAAAGGCACAUUUAGAGGCAUAUUUUCACAUCCCAUCUAAAUUUUCUCUGAAUGUCAGGUGUGUAACACGUUACUGUAAUAAUUACAGUUGUGACUUUUUAAGCGAUAUCCCGAUGUUGGCUAACUCCAAAGUCCGAUACCAAUAUCAAACCAAUACUAAGGAUGUCCUGAUCGCAUAUUUUUGCACCCGAGUACGAGUCACUUGAUUUUGGGGACGAUUUUCACGGAGGUUCAUUUGACAUGCUUAGAAAUACAUCGACAUUGUUUAUUCUUAUCAUUCUUUGACAGAAUUCAAAUCGUAGCUGGUAAUUGUUUUCCCUCAGUCGUUAGACUAUCUGCAGAUUGUGUCGAUGAAAUUUUUAAUCAAAAGAAAUCUGCGAACAUUCUCCCGGGACACUUCGACGGCAGCUGGUUAACUUACGAACUGAACGCCGUGGGCGUCUGUGGAGUGCCGGCACUUCUUGGCCGUCCUGUUGGUUUCUUCUUUAGGGCAGAUCCAGUCUCUUCAAGUUAUUAAUCCAAUAUUUUAUCAUGUGUUCUAAUGGAAAGCACCAUGGUCAAAAACAACGGAACUCCCUCUUAGCAGCUGCCCUACUAUCCAUAUUUAUAAAACGUUGGCUUAAACACGGUUUUGCUCAUUCCACUGAUCCAUGGUUACUAAAAUGGCGAAAUGUUUACUUGCUCACAGUGUUGGCACUUGCUCAUGUCGGGCAAUACACACUUCAAAAGUUCCCGUUUUUUGGGUCACCCUGUUUAACUCGAACAGUUCAGCGAGAAUCCCUCCAAUGUGUCAACUGUCUCUUUACGUAGGAUUCCAUCAGGUCUCAUGAACCAUCUACACACUAUGCGGAUGGCACAACGCCAGUGAUGCCUCAUGUGCGCCAGGCUUAAAGGGAACCACGGAUAGAAGGACAUGUAGUUCUUAAAAGAAAAAUCUUAGUACGAGUUAAUAAUAAUUUGAUAUUAAAAUCCCUCUUCAUGUUUUCGGUUCAAUAAAUUUUUGUAAAAUUAUUUUAACUAGUAGGUCGCCAUUGUUUUUGACGUCGCUGGGCAGUGAUGUCACAUGGCCGGAAUUUCACGUGUCACUCUUUAAAAAAAAAAAAACUGUCACUCUUUAAUUAUGUAAGGUAGUGAUUUGAAAACACCACAAGGUGUCAAUGGCGAGUUUUAAAAUAAUUAGGGCUCAAGCCAAUGAGUAUGUUUUGUCCCUUGACUGACGCCGUAGUAAGCAGAGAGAAAGGCUGGUGGACACAGGCGUUAAGAUUCGUAGCUCGGACCGUUUAUUGGCGUAACCUUCGGCAACUCCUUCACAACAAACAUAAGUAUCAUAUAGUAAAAAUAAUAUUCAUGUCUCUCAAAAAAUAAUGUUCACAAAAAGAAAACUGUUUCAAUCUGUAUUAAUGAGGCCCUAUUCUCACUCAGUUAAACAACAAUGCAAAGAGAAUUGGCAUUCAGAAAUUCACAAUCCAAAGAGAUAUGCAGAAUACACAUGGCGGAAAACACUCAAGUGACUUGAAGUUCCGCUGUGAGACCCCCAAUUUGGCCAAAUUUUAAAACUGUCCGAUAUGCAUGUGUGAUACAACAUUGGAAAGCUUAAAAUCUUUUUUUUCUGGGAGAAGGAAAUUUUUUAACAUGAGGGCAUUUAAAAAAAAAAAAAAAAAAAAAAAACAUUUU